AUGCCUCCUACAUACUUUCCUCUUCGUUGGGAGAGCACUGGGGACCAGUGGUGGUAUGCAUCACCAAUCGAUUGGGCUGCUGCUAAUGGCCACUAUGACUUGGUUCGUGAGCUUCUCAGAAUGGACAGUAACCACCUUUUCAAGCUCACUUCCCUGCGCCGCAUCCGCCGCCUGGAAGUUGUGUGGGAUGAUGAAGAACAGUUCAAUGAUGUUGCAAAGUUUCGGAGUGAGGUUGCACAGAAGCUGCUGCUUGAAUGCGAGUCCAAGAAAGGGAAGAACUCUCUCAUCAGAGCUGGCUAUGGUGGAUGGCUAAUGUACACUGCUGCCUCAGCUGGGGACUUGGGCUUUGUUCAAGUCCUUCUUGAGAGGAACCCGUUGCUGGUUUUUGGUGAGGGAGAGUAUGGUAUUACUGACAUACUCUAUGCUGCUGCCAGGAGCAAGAAUUGUGAGGUUUUUAGGCUGCUAUUUGAUUUUGCUGUUUCACCACGGUUUCUAUCUGGCAAAGGAGGGGUGGUGGAGGAGCAUGUUGGGGAUAUUCCUUCUGUUUAUAGGUGGGAGAUGACCAAUAGGGCUGUUCAUGCUGCUGCUAGAGGAGGAAAUAUGAAGAUUUUGACUGAGCUUCUUGCCAAUUGCUCUGAUGUUUUGGCUUACAGAGAUGCUGAUGGAUCUACUGUUUUACAUGCAGCUGCAGGCAGAGGGCAAGUUGAGGUUGUUAAAUAUCUUACAUCAUCUUUUGACAUGAUAAACUCCACAGACCAUCAGGGUAACACUGCUUUGCAUGUGGCUGCUUCCAGGGGCCAAUUACCUACAGCUGAAGCUCUUGUCUCAGCAUUUCCUACACUGAUCUCUGUGAGAAACAACUCUGGAGAAAAUUUUCUCCACAAGGCUGUGUCUGGUUUUCAAUCUCAUGCUUUCAGAAGAUUGGACAAGCAGGUUGACCUUCUGAGAAACAUGCUAAGUGGGAACAACUUUCAUGUAGAGGACAUAAUCAAUGUCAAGAACAAUGAUGGAAGAACUGCUCUUCACAUGGCCAUCAUAGGCAACAUUCACACUGACCUUGUGCAGCUCCUCAUGACUGCUCCAUCAAUAAAUGUGAAUAUCUGUGAUGUCGAUGGCAUGACCCCACUAGAUUACCUUAGACAACACCCCAACUCUGCAUCAUCAGAUAUACUAAUCAAAAAGUUGAUCUCAGCUGGUGGAAUGUUUGGUUGUCAAGGUCAUAGUUCAAGAAAAGCCAUAGCUUCACACUUGAGAAUGCAAAGCAUCGGAAGCAGUCCUGGGACAUCAUUCAGAGUCUCAGACACUGAAAUAUUUUUGUACACUGGCAUUGAGAAUGUAUCAGAUGCUAGUGCUGAUCAUGGACAUGGAGGAGUGAGUUCAUCUUCAUCAGAACACAUUCCAUAUGACCCGAAUGCCGCAGAGAAUCGAGUUUCAACAGCUAUCAAAAGGCCUAGUUCUGUGAACUAUGCAGCAGCAAGGUUGAAGAGAGCUCUUCAGUGGCCCAGGGUGAAGGACAAGAAAUUUGAAGUGUUCAAGAAGUCUACAGAUGAGGGUUCAGUGGACUCAGGCAGGAAAUGGAAUAACAGCUUCGAUGAAACUCCUACCCCACUUAGGCAAAGAUUUUCUAGGCCAUCUUCACUUCCUAACAACAAAAGAACUCUUUCUGUCAGGAGUCAGCAGUCAAGUCCUAAUGCCAAAAAGAGGUUUGCUUCAGGACUAGUGCAUGGAGUCAUGCAAUCCAUUCCACAAAUAAAGGUUUCAGGCAGAUCCAGGUCUAGUUCCUUUUCUAAGUCAUCUAUUUCUUCACCUAGAUCAAUAGACAAGCAAAAGGGCAUUUACAUUGACAAUGACAUUCCUGGGCCAUCUAGCUUAAAUCAACCACCACCUGAGGAUGAUGAAUCACCAAAGUUGGUAAAGAGAACUUCAGUUGGUAGGAAGUUGAGGGGCCAUUACUUCUGCUUUGGUGCAUCUGGCCUUAAUGUCAAAAACUCAGUUCAUAGGCAGCAAGAAAGCCAGACUUACAAGGCUCAUGCUGUUGCACGCAUGGAUCAUUCUUGUGAUUUUAUGUGUGAGUGGAUCCUUGAUGAGACACCCGUUGGAAAGAUUGGCACGUAG